GCUGGAAUAAUCUGCUUUUCCGACCAGCAGGGAGCUGUGCCAGGGCCAAAGACCGAGAAACAGAAGCCAAGCGUCCAAGCGCAAUAGCGUUCAGUCCCCACUCCCCACUCCUCACUCUCGCGGUCGCGGCCUCACCGGUCACUGCUUCUCGAACCGCCGGGAGCUGGAAUCGCCUCCAUAGGGAACUGCUCUAAUGCCCGCGGCGAUCUGGAGGCGGCCGCCCGCCCACCUAGGCCACGUGCGAUGGUGAGGUCGAGGCCUAGGGUUUGGCUAGUGGCGGGCUGCGCCGCCGUCCUGCUGUGGGCCUCCGUCGCGCAGCUCGUCGCCGUCGGCCGCCUUCUCCUCCUUUUUGGCCUCGCGGGCGACGCGGUUUCAUCGCCGCCACCUACUGCGCUUCCGCCCCCGAGAAUAUACAAGAGCAAUGGUUAUCUGAAGAUAUCUUGUAAUGGGGGUCUGAAUCAGAUGCGCUCAGAGAUAUGUGACAUGGUAGCAGUUGCUCGCCUUCUAAACCUCACUAUGGUUGUCCCAGAACUUGACAAGAGAUCAUUCUGGGCUGAUCAAAGUAAUUUUGGGGACAUAUUUGACGUGAAGCAUUUUAUUGACUCAUUGAGAGAUGAGGUCCACAUCAUUGAACAGCUUCCGGAGAAGCUUGGUCCAAGAGAUUCAGACAUUAUUAUACUUGAAAUGUCACCUGUGAGCUGGUCAGAUGAAAAAUAUUACUUGCAUCAGAUCUUACCACUGUUCAGCAAAUACAGUGUCAUCCAUUUUAACAAAACAGAUGCUCGCUUAGCCAAUAAUGGUAUCAGUACAGAGAUUCAACUGCUUAGAUGCCGUGUUAAUUUUCAUGCCCUGAAAUUCACACCUCAAAUUGAGGGAUUAGGGAAUGAACUGGUACAUAAACUGCGAGCCAAGGGAUCAUUUGUAGCCUUGCAUUUACGUUAUGAGAUGGAUAUGCUGGCGUUUUCUGGUUGCAACCAUGGCCUUUCACCUGAAGAAGCUGAGGAGCUCAAAAAAAUGAGAUAUGCUUAUCCAUGGUGGAGAGAUAAAGAAAUUGAUUCCCAAGCCAAGAGGUUGCAAGGACUAUGCCCACUUACUCCCGAGGAGGCAUCACUUGUUUUGAAAGCUCUUGGAUUUCAAAAGGAUGCUCUUAUAUACAUCGCAGCUGGGGAAAUUUAUGGGGGAGAUAGGAGACUAGAGCCACUACGGGCUGCUUUUCCAAACCUUGUACGAAAGGUGAUGCUGCUAAACUCUGAAGUUCUGCGUCAAUUCCAAAAUCACUCUUCCCAGAUGGCUGCACUUGAUUUCAUUGUAUCCACAGCUAGUGAUGUUUUCAUUCCCACUUUCGAUGGUAACAUGGCAAAACUUGUUGAAGGUCACCGAAGGUUCCUGGGUUUCCGGAGAAGUGUGGUGCUAGACCGACGGAAAUUAGUUGAACUUCUAGACCUGUACACCAACAAGACAAUGUCUUGGGACAAUUUUGCAUCUUCUGUUCAGGAAGCACAUAAGAACUGUGUAGCUCAGCCAUCCUGCAGGCGAGAACUUAAAAACAGACCAAAAGAAGAGGAUUACUUCUAUGCUAACCCCCACGAAUGCCUAGCCAAUUCAACCUUGUGCAGCUAAACUGAGUUUCUGGUUUCUUUAAGGUAACCAGGUGGGCGUGAAAUCAUUUCCGAGCACGCAGUGGCUCACAGUCGUUUUGGUGUCGUGUUGUCAAGGGACCGAGCCAGCUUACACGGAGCAUCACAUAUCUUUUGGCUUUACAUUCCUUAUUUCACUGUUAUAUAGGUCAGUUUUUUUGCUUCUCUGUUGAUUCGUUGGCUUUUCCAACAUGCCAAAAGCGGCCUGUUUGGGGCAUGUAAAUUUCGGUCUGUUGUCUACCAUGCUUGUUCAUUGGUGACUAUUGACUAACUAGUGCUGCUAGGCCGAAGGGUUAGCUUUUUAUUCCUUUUCAAUUUAUUUCCCUAAUUUUUACAAGUGCUUAGUGAAAUUAUCACCUUCUAAAAUUGUGCUAUGUCAAAGCAGGAGUGCUGCACCUGCCUGCCUUUUUAUGGAAAAUGCUGUCCAGUUUGCUUGUUG